GAUGGGAAACGGUGGGAAUCAGAGAGUUCGAGGUAUUCUGUUCGGUUGACUGGAGUUUCUCGUUUUUUCAAGGAUGUCUCGAGGAGUUGUCCUUGUUGUCCUGGCUCUGCUUGCAGUCGCCAGGUCAGACUCACCCCCCAAGACCUUUACGAUGUGCGUCCCGGAAAUUUACGAGCAGGACUGCGUGAAAAUGAUGCAGGAGUCAACGUCAAAAGGAAUCCCAAUAUCUUGUGUAACUGGAAGAGACCGAUUAGAGUGUAUCGAGAAAGUCGGGAAGAAUGAGGCGGAUGUUGUUGCAGUUGAUCCUGAGGAUAUGUAUCUGGCAGCUAAAAGCAAAUUAGCUGCUGAGGCUGGUUAUAAUGUUGUUGAGCAGGUGAGGACAAAAGAAGAGCCUGACGAGCCAUACCGAUACGAAGCUGUUUGCGUUAUCCACAAGGACCUGGAGAUAUACGACGUCCACGGCCUCCACGGUCUCAAAUCCUGUCACACUGGGGUCGGUAGAAAUGUGGGGUACAAAAUUCCCAUCACUAAGCUCACGGAGAUGAAUGUUCUCGGGGAUAUUCACAAUCCUGAGUUCUCAGCGAGGGAGAAUGAACUCAAAGCCCUCAGUUCUCUCUUCUCCAAGGGCUGUCUCGUUGGAAAGUGGUCUCCAGAACCAUCUAUCAAUGCAAGAUUAAAGGAGACCUAUAGCAAUAUGUGUGCUCUCUGCGAGAAACCAGAGGUUUGCGAUUAUCCUGAUAACUACUCAGGAUACGAGGGUGCACUGCGUUGCCUAUCGAUGAACGGAGGAGAUGUCGCCUGGACGAAGGUGAUCUAUGUGAAGAGAUUCUUCGGACUGCCUGUGGGACGAGGGAGUAAAACCACAGCGACUAAGGACCCAAGUGAUUACAGGUACUUCUGCCCUGAUGGUACUAAAGUGCCUAUUGAUGCAGUUACGAAGCCGUGCACCUGGGCAGCCAGACCAUGGCAGGGAUAUAUGACCAAUGGAAAGGUUAAGAAUAUCGAUGGUAUUCAAAAGGAGCUGACGGAACUCGGUGAAGUUGGUGAGAAGGAGAAUGCCAACUGGUGGAAACACAUUCUACUCCUGGAUGAGAAGACCCUCGCAGUCAAGACAGCUCCAGUUGCACCUGAGGAACAUCUCACCAACGCUAAAUAUCUCGAUGUCAUCGAGAGGAACUCUGGAGCAGUUGAAAGAACCGCUCGUUGGUGCGUAUGGGGUGACAGGAGUCCCAAAAAAUGCCAGGCUCUCGCUCGUGCUGCCUAUUCAAGGGAUGCGAGACCUCAACUCGAAUGUGUCCAGAAGAACAGCAGGACCGAGUGUCUGGAGGCAAUAAGGGAUGAUGCCGCGGACUUUGCACUCAUUGAGGCCUCCAGUGUGAAACAAGCAAUCGAAAAUUUCAAGGUAAAACCCAUUGUUGCUGAGAGUUUCGGAAUGGGACAGACGAAAUUCAGUGAAAAACCCGCAGUGGCGGUCGUCAAGAAGAACAGCCCGAUAAAAUCACUUGCUGAUCUGAAGGGGAAGAAAUCGUGCCAUCGGUACUGGCAGGAGGACUAUGCGGGUUGGAUCGCCCCUGUGUCGGCCCUCCUCCAUGCCAAACUUGUUAAGUCUGAGGAGGAAGUCUCGGACUUUUUCGCAGCCUCUUGCGCCCCUGGAGCUCCUAUCAAAUCCAAGCUCUGCGAACAAUGCGCGGGUAAUGCCGAAUCUAAUGACGAUAGCAUAAUUACAGCCACUAAGUGUCAGCCAAAUCACGCCGAGGCGUUCAGUGGUAAAGGUGCCCUGAAGUGUCUGGCACAGGACAAGGGAGAUGUUGCCUUCGUUCCUCUCACUGAUGUCUACAAAUUACGUGAGUGAAUCUAUAAAAUCACUAUAAUCAAUAUAAUCCAUAAAAACAUUAUCAUUAUUCCAAAAUAAUAUUUCAUUUUAUUUAUGGCCGGUAUGUAUUAUCUAUCGACCAUAAUCUUUGGCUUAAAUUUUAUCGUGUUACUAUAAAAUAUUUAUAAAUUUGGGUUUCAAAUUGGGUGAUGAAAGCCACUUCAAUGGUUGCAACAAAAUUAU